AUGGCUCCAGAAACUAGCCGCUCAGGCGGCCCCUCGUCCCCGGGUUCUACCGCCGCUUCCUCCUCUGCCGACUCCAAACCGAAACGCGCCAGGACGAGUAAACCCAAGGUCAAGACAGGCUGCAACAACUGCAAACAACGAAGGAUCAAGUGCGACGAGAAGCGCCCCUCGUGUUCCCAAUGCGUCCGCUCCAAGAAGAUAUGCACGGGCUAUCCGCCACCCGCGCGUAGCGCAAGACCUCACGAAGAGAUCCGAAUAGCACCAAAGCCCAUCUCAGGAGGCCUGGCCGCGAAGCCCGCGGCCACAAGCCAACCCGUUCAGGUUCCUCCCCGUCGCCUUGUGAAGUACCAGAAGCGGACUACGCCACCCACAACACCGGUCAUACAACAGAGCUCGAUGAUUUUAUACAGGCCCAGCACACUUCCCCUUGACCAACAGGAGGGUUUGUACUUCCAGCUAUUCCAGACACACACGGCGAAUGAGUUAUCCGGCUACUUCGAUUCUGUCUUCUGGUCACGUACUGUCCUGCAGGAAUGUCACUCCGAAGAUGCUAUUAGACAUGCUGUUGUUGCGCUGGGCGCCUUGUAUAAGACCUUGGAGAAGUCUACGGAAUCUCCUCCGAGCUCACCUUGUGACAAUAUCGACCCGGUAGAUAACCCCUACCAGCAUUGGGAGGUAGCUGUAAAGCAGUAUUCGAAUGCCUGCAAUGCUCUGGUCAAUGUUGGGGGCCAGGAUUCGAGGACAAACCGAACGAGGCUGAUGGCCAGCGUCCUGCUUGCCUGCUUUGACUCCUUCAUCGGAGACCACAAGCAAGCCAUUGUACAGAUCCAGAACGGGCUGGCUCUUCUGGAGCAAUUGCGUGCGCAGAGGAGACGUGCGUUCUUGCCAAAACCGGAAGAGCCGGUCGAGGAUGAACUCAUUCAGAUGUUCACCCGCCUAGCCAUUCAAGCAAAGUCCUAUGACAUGGCUUUUCACUUCCCCAAACCAUACGUAAUUCAACUAAUUCCGCCAUCAUCUGAUCCCUCAUCCCCACCUUCUGAGGGUGGUUCUCCUGUAUCUCUGCACCAGGAUCCUAUACCAGACCAGUUUUCAUCUCUCCUAGAAGCCCGCUUGGCAUGGGACACUCUCUGUGAGAAAAUUUUCCGGUUUACCGAGACUCUAUUCUCCUACGCCAAUGCAAAUGGCCCAAUGGGUGUCUUACCCUCAUCACUAAGGCAGUAUGGAGUUGGUUUCAAGGGCCAGAUACAAGCGUGGUCAGACGCUUUCGAGCAUAUCCUCUCAUCUAGAACCGCGCCUGGCGUGAACAGUCAGGAGAAGGCGGGUAUCGCUGUGCUCAAAAUGUUCCAGAUAAUGGGCCAGAUUCUCUUCCUGAUGACCUUCAGUGACAGCGAGGGCCAGUUCGAUGUUUUCCAGCCACAGUUCAAGGCCAUCGUCGACCUUGCUCUCGAGGUAGUCGGUGAUGAGGAGAGAAGGGCAGCAGAGAAGAGAUGCCCCAAUCCUAAGACGUGCCAGCACCACAAGAACCACCAGCUGGAUAUCUUUGGCGGUCGCGAGUAUACCGCGAACCACAUCAAGCCCAGCUUUAGCGCCGACUUGGGCAUUGUCCCUCCGCUCUAUGUAGUUGCUACGAAAUGCAGGAAUCCUCUGAUAAGGCGGCAGGCUAUCCAGCUAUUGAGAAGCAGCUCCAGGCGAGAGGGCAUGUGGGACAGCGAGCUCACCUCACGCAUUGGCAUGUGGAUCGUGGAAAUCGAGGAGGAAGAGGCCUUGAUGACGCCAGGAGAUAGUCCCCAGACCAUCAGUGACAUCAAGGGCCCACGUCCCUCCACGAGUGGUAGCUCGCCCAGACCAAGGCAAGCUAAUGCCUCCAUAGACUUUGGAGAGAACAUUCCCCUGGGCCCCGGCGGCAAUGCACGGUGGGAUGCUCGAAGGGAAAACCAGGCGCCCAAUCUUGCUAGCAGAGCUCAGCAGAAGGAAGUACCCGUGGAGAAACGGGUGAUGGUCAGGGCUGCCGAAUUCGAUCUUCGUGAACGCACGGCUGUUCUGCAAUGCGGCAGCCGAGGAUUACCGGCCGGGAGCCCGGACCUGAAGACACGCGUCACGAGGAUCAUCUGGUGA